AUGGUCACUGCCCAAGGCGAAUGGUCCAAAAGGAUGAAGGAAGAGGAGGAAGAGGAGGACGGAGCAGAGUCUGUAAUAUCCAGCUGUCUGUCUAUGAAGAGUGACUGGUCUAAAGGUCAUCCUCUAGUCUUCAGUAAUGAACCUGGACCCUCAGACACAAAACUCCAGAAGAUGAAGGAAGAGGAGGAAGAGGAGGAUGGAGCAGAGUCUGUAAUAUCCAGCUGUCUGUCUAUGAAGAGUGACCGGUCUAAAGGUUUUCCUCCAGCCUUCAGUAAUGAACCUGGACCCUCAGACACAAAGAAGAGGAGGGCUGUUUCUGUGGAGGAGCAGUUGUCCUGCUGUUCGUUGUGUCAGGACGUCCUGAAGGAUCCAGUCUCUACCAGCUGUGGACACUGGUUCUGUAAACAGUGCAUCACCUCAAACUGGGACCAGUCUGCUUCACCAGGGGACUCCUCCUGUCCCCAGUGUGCAGAAAGAUCCAGAACCAGACCUGGACUGCAGACAGACAGUCAGACCAGCACUGUACAAAAAAGUGGUCUGCAGGAGGUUUUAGAUGAGCAUCAGAUCAGUCUGAGCAGCACAUGUGAAUGUGUGACUCAAGGAACUGAUGAAACAGGAAGUGAAAUCCUCCUCAUCAGCAUCUACAUCACAGAGGGACAGAGUGAAGAGGUUAAUACCCAACAUGAGGUGAGGCAGCUUGAAACAGCUUCCAAGAUGAAGACCCUCCAUGACACUCCAAUCAAGUGUCAGGACAUCUUUAAAGUCUUACCUGACCAACAGAAACACAUCAGAGUCGUUCUGAUGAACGGCGUUGCUGGUGUUGGAAAAACCUUCUCGGUGCUGAAGUUCACUCUGGACUGGGCACAGCGCUCCAAAAACCAAGAUAUCAGUCUGCUGAUUCUGUUCUCGUUCAGGGCGCUGAACUUGAUCAAAGAUGAGCAGUACAGUCUGCUCAUGCUGAUCCAUGUUUUCUAUCCAACAUUACAGAAGCUCACAGCAGAGAAGCUCGCUGUCUGUAAAGUUUUGUUCAUCUUUGACGGCCUGGAUGAAAGCAGACUUUCACUGGAUUUCAACAACAGUGAGGUCGUGUCUGAUGUCACACAGAAGUCAUCAGUCAGUGUGCUGUUGACGAACCUCUUCAUGGGGAAGCUGCUUCCUUCGGCUCUCAUCUGGAUAACUACACGACCUGCAGCAGCCAAUCAGAUCCCUCCUUCAUGUGUUGACAGGGUAACAGAAGUACGAGGCUUCACUGACGCCCAGAAGGAGGAGUACUUCAGGAGGAGAUUCAGUGAUGAAGAGCAGUCCAGCAGAAUCAUCUCACACAUCAAGACAUCCAGGAGCCUCCACAUCAUGUGUCACAUCCCAGUCUUCUGCUGGAUCACUACUACAGUUCUGGACCACAUGUUGACUACAGACCAGAGAGGAGAGCUGCCCAAGACCCUGACUGACCUGUACUCACACUUCCUGCUGGUUCAGACAAAGAGGAAGAAUAACAAGUAUGAUGGGGGACAUCAUAGUCCACAGGAGCUGACAGAGGCUGACAGAGAUCUUUUUCUGAAGCUGGGGAGGCUGGCAUUUGAACAACUGGAGAAAGGAAACAUCAUGUUCUACCAAGAAGACCUGGAGCAGUGUGGUGUUGAUGUCACAGAGGCAUCUGUGCUAUCAGGAUUUUGUACACAGAUCUUCAAAAGAGAGAGUGUGAUCUUCCAGAAAACAGUCUACAGCUUUGUUCAUUUGAGCGUUCAGGAGUUUCUGGCUGCAGUUUACAUGUACCACUGUUACACCAACAGGAAGACAGAGGUACUGAAGGACUUCCUGGGAGACGACCACAAACACAGGGAAUCACAGUCAAAGUCUUUCCUCUGGAAAUUUUUUUGUAAUAUCAGAAACAAUGAUAGCUGCUCCUCACUGGAUGACUUCCUGAUAGGAGCCCUGCAGAAAUCUGUCCAAAGUAAAAACGGCCACCUGGACCUGUUUGUUCGUUUCCUUCAUGGCCUCUCUCUGGAGUCCAACCAGAGUCUCUUAGAAGGCCUGCUGGGUCAGACAAAGAACAGUCCAAAAAUAAUCCAGAGAGUCAUCAAAACCCUGAAGAAGAUUAACAGUGAUCGUAUCUCUCCUGACAGAAGCAUCAACAUCUUCCACUGUCUGAUGGAGAUGAACGACCGCUCAGUACAUCAGGAGAUCCAAGAGUUCAUGAAGUCAGAGAACAGAUCAAAGAACAAACUCUCUAAGAUCCACUGCUCAGCUCUGGCCUACAUGCUGCAAAUGUCAGAUGAGGUUCUGGAUGAGUUGGACCUGAAGAAGUACAACACAUCAUGGGAGGGACGACGGAGACUGAUCCCAGCUGUGAGGAACUGUAGAAAGGCUCUACUUUCUGGCUGUGGAAUCUCAGAGACUCACUGUGAAGUUGUGGCCUCAGCUCUGAAGUCCAACCCUCAUCUGACAGAGCUGGACCUGAGUGAAAGCAACCUGUUUGAUUCAGGAGUGACACCUCUGUCUGCUGGACUGGAGAGUCCAAACUGUAGACUGGAGACUCUGAGGUUGACAGGCUGCAGUUUGUCAAAGAUCAGCUCUGCUUCUCUGGCCUCAGCUCUGAAGUCCAACUCCUCCCAUCUGAGAGAGCUGGACCUGACUAAUAACAAGCUGAAAGAUUCAGGAGUGAAUCGACUGUGCGAUUUCCUGGAGAGUCUUCAGUGUACACUGGAGAAUCUUGACAUAAUUUAUUUUUGAUUUAGAUUGUGGCGCUGCAGUUUGUCAGAGAUCAGCUGUGCUUCUCUGGCCUCAGCUCUGUUGUCCAACCCCUCCCAUCUGAGAGUGCUGGAUCUGAGUGAGAACAAGCUGAAGGAUUCAGGAGUGAAGCAUCUGUGUGAUUUCUUGGAGAGUCCAGACUGUAGACUGGAGACUCUGAGAUUGUAUUGCUGCAGUUUGUCAGAGAUCAGCUGUGCUUCUCUGGCCUCAGCUCUGAAGUCCAACCCCUCCCAUCUGAGAGAGCUGGAUCUGGGUGAAAACAACCUGCAAGAUUCAGACAUGAAGCUGCUGUCUGCUCUUAAGAAGAGUCCAGACUGUAGACUGGAGACUCUGAGGUCAACUGGUUUACCUCUCAGACUCCAGAAGAUGAAGGAUUCAGAGGAAGAGGAGGACGGAGCAGAGUCUGUAAUAUCCAGCUGUCUGUCUAUGAAGAGUGACCGGUCUAAAGGUUUUCCUCCAGCCUUCAGUGAUGAACCUGGACCCUCAGACACAAAUGUUAUUGGUUUACCUCUCAGACUCCAGAAGAUGAAGGAUUCUGAGGAAGAGGAGGAUGGAGCAGAGUCUGUAAUAUCCAGCUGUCUGUCUAUGAAGAGUGACCGGUUUAAUGAUCUUCCUCCAGUCUUCAGUGAUGAACCUGGACCCUCAGACACAAAAGAGAGGAAGAGGAGGGCUGUUUCUGUGGAGGAGCAGCUGUCCUGCUGUUCUUUGUGUCAGGACGUCCUGAAGGAUCCAGUCUCUACCAGCUGUGGACACUGGUUCUGUAGACAGUGCAUCACCUCAUACUGGGACCAGUCUGCUUCACCAGGAGACUCCUCCUGUCCCCAGUGUGCAGAAAGAUCCACAACCAGACCUGGACUGCAGACAGACAGUCAGACCUGCACUGUACAAAAAAGUGGUCUGCAGGAGGUUUUAGUUGAACAUCAGAUCAGUCUGAACAGCACAUGUGAACGUGUGACUGAUGAAGCAGGAAAUGAAAUUCUCUUCAACAGCAGCUACACUGAGGUCUACAUCACAGAGGGACAGAGUGAAGAGGUUAAUACCCAACAUGAGGUGAGGCAGCUUGAAACAGCUUCCAAGAUGGAGACCCUCCAUGACGCUCCAAUCAAGUGUCAGGACAUCUUUAAAGUCUUACCUGACCAACAGAAACACAUCAGAGUUGUUCUGAUGAAUGGCGUCGCUGGCGUUGGAAAAACCUUCUCAGUGCUGAAGUUCACUCUGGACUGGGCACAGCGCUCCGAAAACCAAGAUAUCAGUCUGCUGAUUCUGUUUUCGUUCAGGGCGCUGAACUUGAUCAAAGAUGAGCAGUACAGUCUGAUCAUGCUGAUCCAUGUUUUCUAUCCAACAUUACAGAAGCUCACAGCAGAGAAGCUCGCUGUCUGUAAAGUUCUGUUCAUCUUUGACGGCCUGGAUGAAAGCAGACUUUCACUGGAUUUCAACAACAGUGACGUCGUGUCUGAUGUCACACAGAAGUCAUCAGUCAGCGUGCUGUUGACAAACCUCUUCAUGGGGAAGCUGCUUCCCUCGGCUCACAUCUGGAUAACUUCCAGACCUGCAGCAGCCAAUCAGAUCCCUCCUACAUGUGUUGACAGGGUAACAGAAGUACGAGGCUUCACUGACGCCCAGAAGGAGGAGUACUUCAGGAGGAGAUUCAGUGAUGAAGAGCAGUCCAGCAGAAUCAUCUCACACAUCAAGACAUCCAGGAGCCUCCACAUCAUGUGUCACAUCCCAGUCUUCUGCUGGAUCACUGCUACAGUUCUGGACCACAUGCUGACUACAGACCAGAGAGGACAUCUGCCCAAGACCCUGACUGACCUGUACUCACACUUCCUGUUGGUUCAGACAAAGAGGAAGAAGCUCAAGUAUGAUGAUGGACAUGAGGCGAGUCCACAGGAGCUGACAGAGGCUGACAGGAAACUUCUUCUGAAGCUGGGGAGGCUGGCGUUUGAACAGCUGGAGAAAGGAAACAUCAUGUUCUACCAAGAAGACCUGGAGCAGUGUGGUCUUGAUGUCACAGAGGCCUCUGUGUUAUCAGGAUUUUGUACACAGAUCUUCAAAAGAGAGAGUGUGAUCUUCCAGAAAACAGUCUACAGCUUUGUUCAUCUGAGUGUUCAGGAGUUUCUGGCUGCAAUCUACAUGUACGACUGUUACACCAACAGCAACACAGAGGUACUGAAGCGCUUCUUGGGAAAAGACCACAAACACAGGGAAUCAAAACUGUCUUUGUUAGAGAAGAUUUCUUCUCAUGUCAGAAACAAUGAUAGCUGUGACUCAUCACUGGAUGACUUAAUGAAAGGAGCCAUGGAGAAAUCUCUGCAAAGUAAAAAUGGCCACCUGGACCUGUUUGUUCGUUUCCUUCAUGGCCUCUCUCUGGAGACCAACCAGAGUCUCUUAGGAGAUCUGCUGGGUCAGACAAAGAACAGUCCAGAAAUCAUCCAGAGAGUCAUCAAAAACCUGAAGAAGAUGAACAGUGAGGAUACUUCUCCUGACAGAAGCAUCAACAUCUUCCACUGUCUGAUUGAGAUGAACGACCGCUCAGUACAUCAGGAGAUCCAAGAGUUCCUGAAGUCAGAGAAGAGAUCAAAGAAGAAACUCUCUAAGAUUCACUGCUCAGCUCUGGCCUACAUGCUGCAGAUGUCAGAGGAGGUUCUGGAUGAGUUGGACCUGAAAAAGUACAACACAUCAAAGGAGGGACGACGGAGACUGAUCCCAGCUGUGAGGAACUGUAGAAAGGCUCUACUUUCUGACUGUGGACUCUCAGAGACUCACUGUGAAGUUUUGGCCUCAGCUCUGAAGUCCAACCCUCAUCUGACAGAGCUAGACCUGAGCAACAACAAGCUGUCUGAUUCAGGAGUGAAGCGUCUGUCUGUUGGACUGGAGAGUCCAAACUGUAGACUGAAGAUUCUUAGAUUGUGGUGCUGCCGUAUGUCAAAGAUCAGCUGUGCUUCUCUGGCCUCAGCUCUGAAGUCCAACCCCUCCCAUCUGAUAGAGCUGGAUCUGGGUGGAAACAAGCUGAAGGAUUCAGGACUGAAGUUGCUGUGCAAUUUUCUGAAGAGUCCACACGGUAGACUGGAGACACUGAGAUUGAGUGACUGCAGGUUGUCAGGGAUCAGCUGUGCUUCUCUGGUCUUAGCUCUGUUGUCCAACCCCUCCCAUCUGAGAGAGCUGGAUCUGAGUGAGAACAACCUGCAGUAUUCAGACGUGGAGCUGCUGUUCGAUCUUAAAGAAAGAAAAGAAUGCAGACUGGAGACUCUGAGCUGGUGGUCACCUCUGCAUGAGUUGAAGUGAACAUCCUGAACUGUUUGUUGAGAGAGGAUCAGCUGUAUCCUGAUGAUCCAUCUGGACUGGAGUCUGGAUCAGGAUUAAUCUUCACUUAAGUUUCAUAACUGACAACAAAAUGAACAGUUAUCUCUGGAUUUUUUUAAAGUCAGCACUUGACGCUUUUAUUAUACAUGAGCAGUUUGAUGCAGAAAGAAGGUGUGUCCCCCAGAAUAGAUUUGUCUCUACUGGGCUCAUUUCUAUGUUGGAUCCUUCUGUCACAAAAGAGAGCAGAGUGGACUCAAAUACAAGAGACCACAAACAGAGCCGCAGAAAAAUAUUUUAAUUUCAGGCAAAAAUUAAACUAGACAAGAACUCACAAAGACUGACGAGACUCAACAGAGGAUCCAACAAAGACUGAACAGAAAACCAAGACUUCAAUACUAACAGUCCUAACGAGGGAAUGAGGAACAGGUGACACAACACAAGGGCAGGGUGGGAGCUGAUUGGCUGAAAGGACCCCACCAGGACACGCCAUCUAAAUGUUUGGUAAUACUUCAUUUUAAAUGUCCAUUAUUCUCAUAAUAUCUUAUUCAUUUCUUUAGAGAUUUACAUUUCCAAGUUCAUACAUAUUCAUCAGUCAUUUAUUAUUGGAAACUUUAUUCUCAUAUAUGUUGAAUUGAUAGUUUUUCUGUAGACAAAAAUGUUUGCAUGUUUGGCUGACCUGAGGAACGAUCUAGAGAGCAGGUUUAAUAAACUCUGACUCUAACCCUUUGAUGAUGUGCGCUUUGUUAGAAAAUCAAUUGCUACUAUUAUGUUCGAUAUGUCUGUUACACUUAAGAAAGCACUGCCUGAACUCUGUAUAUGAUCUCUAUAUGAACUCCCACUUAACAAUCUGUACUCUGUAGCAACUGUUUGACUUCUGCAUGAACUUCCGCUUAUCAAGACUGGAAAAGUACCGAAAUAUCGUCUUCUCACAUAAACAGCUGGUGUUUCCUGUUAUUAAAUAUCAUAUGACUGCAUCUUGAUACUAUGUCAUAUAUUAUAGUAGCAUUGUAUUAUUAAAGGGACGCCUGUCACAGCUUCAUUUAUUAAGACUAUAAAAGAGCUUUUGCUUCAUGCAUUUAGUUAGACAACUCUGUACCGCUGUAUAUGACUUGUCUCC